ACCACUUGACAGCUGUUGUAAAUAUUUCUAGUUGAACUUGGUAGUAAUAAGUAUGAUUAUUUUUCAAAGUAUACCCAUUGUUUACAUCAUAUGUAAUAUAAAACUUUCCAGAAUAAAUUUCUUUUUUCAACGAUUUCUCUUUCAAACUAUAUGGACACUUUACUUCCAACACACCGAAACCACAACAGUCACAUGAUGUUGGGGCAUCAGGAGAGGAUCCAUACCAUUCCAGUGGCUUUCACAUGUUUGAUUGUUUGAACCCAGCCAUCAUGGAAAAAUUUGUAAGCCUCUAAAGCUUUGUAGUUUUCCAUUGCUUCGGGUGUGAAAAUUCCUACAAAUGGAAAGUCAACAUUACACUGGCUGUGUCAUGGAUGAGAUAGAACAAGGGGGGGGGGGAGAUCAUUCAGGGUCAUAUGUAUAUACAGUCGACGCUCAUUAUCUCGAACCUCCGUUAUCUCGAACUUUCUCUAUCUCGAACUUUUUCUUCGGUCCCUUGAGUUCUGUAAGCAACAGUAGGCAAAAAAACGUUCGGUAUCUCGAACCUCCGUUAUCUCGAACUUUCACUAUCUCGAACUUUUUUCUCAGUCCCUUGGACUGAUUUACGCUCGUUAUCUCGAACUCUUGAAGAGGAAUUUUGAAAAAAGAAGACCUUGCACUGCUUGUUUUAAAGUCACAAAAUGUUGCAAUAAAAAGAAGACAUUCCAUUGUAAAACAGGUAGAUUUUGCAAUGUUUUUUUCGUGAUUUCCUUUGUCAGAAUGCCACCGAAAAAAAAGCUCGUUGUAAAAACUUUGGCAGAAAAAUGCCAAGCAUUAAAAGAAUUGGAAAAAGGUAUUCCAAAUAAAGAUAUCGCUAAAAAGUACGGGGUGCCUAAAAACACAAUAUUAACUUGGCUAGCCAAUAAGGAAAAACUUUUUUCUGCUCUCGAAAAAUCUUCGAGCAAGAAAAGAAAGAUCAGAGAUGGUAAAUUCUCAGAAAUAGAUUUUGUCGUGUUCAAAUGGUUUGUUUCACAACGAAGCAAAAACAUACCAAUCGAUGGGACAAUACUAAAGAAGAAAGCUAAAAGCUAUGCACAGGAGCUUGGAGUAGAAGAUUUCAAAGCUUCAGACGGUUGGCUUGGUAAAUGGAAAAAAAGGUAA